CGCGGGGCGGCGGCCAUGAGAGACGAUGGCCGUUCCAGGACCCCCUCCUAUUCUUCUGCUUCCGCUGGUUCUGCUGCUGCUGCUGCGGUGGGCGGCGGUGCCCGUGGCCUCCUACGCCCUCAGCCCGGGACGCACGCCCCAGCACAAGAUCCUCCACCUGGACUGGCCCAAUGACUGUGGCAUGUCCCACUUCAAACCCAACAUGGCCGAGAGGAUUGUGUCGGGGAACGAGGCCAAACCUCACUCCUGGCCCUGGCAGGUCUCGCUGCAGGUCCGCCCAAGGGGGAGUAAGCACUACAUUCAUGUCUGCGGAGGAACCCUCAUCCACAAGAACUGGAUCCUCACCGCCGCCCACUGCUUCCAAAAGGGUAAGGCGGAGGACGCUGCCAGCUGGCGGAUCGUCCUGGGGAAGCACCAACUCAAACGCUCCGAGAUCCCCGAGAGAGUGAUCCCCGUGAAGCGCAUCUACCGCCACGAGCACUUCCGCUACCCCACGCACAGCGAGCUGGACUAUGACAUCGCCCUGGUGAAAGCCGGUGCGGACAUUCUCCCGUCCAACUUUAUCCGCUACGCCUGCCUGCCGCGCAAGCAGACCAGCCUGAAGCCGGGACACUACUGCUGGGUCACGGGCUGGGGUGACACGCGGGGUGGGAAGGAGAACGUGUCUCUGGCCGAGUCCCUGAACCAGGCUCGCCUCCCCAUCAUCGACCACAAGACCUGCCGGCAGAAGAAGUUCUGGGGCGACCGCGUGCGUGACUCCAUGAUCUGCGCCGGCUUCAGAGACACUGAGGGCCCCCCCGCCGCAUGCCAGGGCGACUCCGGGGGCCCCCUGCUGUGCCAGCUGGGCCGGGACCGCUGGGAGGUGCACGGCGUGGUGAGCUUCGGGCCCAUCGGCUGCACGGUGGAGAACAAGCCCAGCGUGUUCACCCGCACCGCCGCCUACAUCCCCUGGAUCGAGGCCACGCGCAUCAGGGACUUCUUCCUGCACUGACCAGAGCCCCCCCCCCUCCCUGAAAGAUCCAUGUUCAGGUUCUGUGGUUCCACCGGACCCUAGAAGACAGGUUCUCCAUGUUCUGCCGCUGAGAGCAAGCACUUGUUUUUAACCACUUCAUUACCAUUAGACUUUACUGGUUAUGCAUUAGGUUUAUUAUUCUUCAGAACUGCUCUUGUUCAUGACUGACUUAAAACAUAAAUGUGCUAAAGAGCUGAUCGAUUUGGCCCUAGACCUUGUACACAAUAUGGUAUAUUGUGUAUUAAUCCGGCAUGACAUAGAUGAAUUGGAACAGUUUAAUUGAUAGACUGCCAUUUUGACAGAUAUACUAACCACCUACAUUAUGGUUGGUAACCAAAUAAAAUACAUUUGUACAAGAAAAUCUGUUCCCAUCAAAAUCCUGUUGAACUUGUGUAGUCUUUAUUUGUAUUCAUCACAUGGCUGACGGGAAAGGCCAUACAAAUACAGCAGUAGAAUUUUCAAUCUUUCAACUGCAACUGAUCAUUACCACAGUACUGCAGAUAAUUAAUAGGUUGGUACUAAAAUGAUGAUACUUUGUGUUCAUUAACAUGCCAUUGGGUGAGAGGUAUUCAGCCGGGAAAUAAUGACAGUAAUGGAGUUGAUGAGGUCAAAAGGUUGAAGUGUUCACAUUGACCAACAAUGAAUGUUCAACAUUAAAGUCACAAUAACUUAAACUU